UCUCCCACACCACCUGAAGCAUCCACUCCCUGCGCUCGCAGUGAUUGACACUUUCGUGUUGCUUUGUGCCUGGAUACCGAGCGGCUCACUGCCGCAAACUGCUCUGAGAAGAAGAGAAAUCCAGCUCCACAUUAACAGAUCAGCUCACAGACCAAUGCUGGAUUGUAGAAAAGUGGCCAACACCCACGCAACGACAGAGCAUACGUUGGCUCUGAGCUAGCCAAUGCUAGCUAAUCGACCAGCGUCCAGUGAAUGGCUACGCAGAGACCAGCCUUGACUCUCCCACUCAGACAUGGGGAGUAAAAUGUCCUUCAGCAGAGGAAGCAGUGACCAAAAUACAGUGUCUGAGUUAACCUCUGUGGCAUCCCAUCCUCCCAAUUCCAUUCAUGCGCCUUUGGACUGCAAGCAGAAACCUGAAGACAAGGGAGGCCGUCAGGAAGACGUGGACUCCAACUGGGGAGAGGAAAUGAAAGCAGCAGAACUGACUCCACCUGCACCUGAGUCCCACUCAUCGGGGCAUGUGGAGUCUGAUGGCCGAGUUAACUCUGAAACAGUCGGCGGACCGAAUUGUCAACACAGUGAGCACACGUCUUCACAGGCAGGGAUCGAAGCAAAGUCCCAGACGACUGCAAUUGUGUGCAGCUCCACUACAGACAGCCGUGGACAGCCUGUGGAGGUCCGCAGGAAACCUGGCCGCCCGCGUAAAAGAAAAUCACUUUUGCCUGAAGGCAUAAAACAUCCAGAUUUGGCUGGUUAUGAUGCAGUUCAACAUAAGGAGAUCAGCACAACAAUUCCUUUGCCAAGAGUCGCUCCCUUAAUCAAUAAUUCCCCCCAUAAGGAGACGUCUGGUCUUCAUACUGUUUCUGAUGGCAAAGUACAAGACAGCGUCCCUCUGCUGCCAAAAAGGAAAAGAGGGAGACCAAAAAAAUCUGAAAUUGCACCUUUUAAAACUAUGGUUGUUAAGGCUGCUGCUGCCAGGGCUCCUGCUCCAGCUGCUUCUGUUAAUAAUGUUAGUGGUCCUGCACGGCGACUGAGGAGUAGAGGUGAACAACACCCUUCAACACAGGAAGGAAAGCCUGAAUCGGAAGGCAACGUAGACCCCAAGACAACUGAGGUGACACCUGCAGAAAGUAGGAAUCCGUUGGUCUUACAAGGUAUUGAAAGAAGAAGAAGAAGAAGAUCUAAAGUGGCCGAUCAGCAAGUUCCAGCAAAAGUGUGCAGGCUGGAUGUUUCCCAGGAGGCCUCGUCACUGUUGAUCAACAACACAGGCUGUGGAGAGGGAACAGAGACCGAUAAGCAGGUGGAACUAAACGCUGACAAACAAGAGACAGAUGGAAAGAGCGGUCAACUCUACCAGCAAGAAGGGCAAGAGCAGCAGACGGACGUAAAGGAAGGUGCAUUACCGCAAAGACAACUGAGUUCUCAGCCAGCUGAUCCUGAAGUUAUUUCUUCAGAGGGUUUAAACUUGGUAAGCCCUACUCAGAGUGAUGACCCAAUGAACAUAAAGCCGGCAUCUGCCGUCAUGACUGGCAGCGAUGAGUCGCAAUCAAAAAGCAGUCUUGGAUCCCCAAAAAACCUGCAGAAUACAGAGUCCUAUAGCACAGAUGUUGUAACGUCCUCGGAACAACCAGCUAAAGCUGUUGGAGUCCCGCCUGCGGUGAAAGCUGAGAAUAUCAAGAUAGAGCUGGAUCAUUUAAAUCCUCCGUCCCAGUUAAAUAGUCCUAAAUCUUUACAAUGCAAUGCCAACACCACCGUUAAAGCUCUGGGUCCAAACCACGCUUUCAGGCGCAAGAGAGGCGGCAAGAGGAGGAGGAGAAUAAGGAGUGUUUUGCUCCAAAGAGAGACGCUUGUAGAGGGUCAUAAAAGCAGCGAUGACACUCAACAAAAUACAGACAAUGGUGACGAGGAUAAGGAAGCCGACUCUGUCAGCUACAUAAAAAAGGGGGCGAAAACUCUGUUAAAAUGUGGCUACUGUGGUCAUGUAUUUAAAUUUCACUCUCAGUUCAUCAUACAUCAACGCAUUCAUACAGGAGAACGGCCUUUCAAAUGCCCCGAAUGCGACAAAGGUUUUAGCAAAAAUUCGAACUUGAAUCUUCAUCUUAAGACGCACAAAAAGAGCAACAUAUAUCAAAAAUGUCCAUUUUGCAAGAUCAAAUUCUCUUGCGCGGAGUAUUCCUCUCAUAUGGCGAUGCAUGCACAGAUGCUGGACCAGGACUCUGAGAAGAAGAAAUCUGACAAACACAGCAUAGGGAAAGACCAUGGAAAACUUGACGGACUUCAGAGACCCAUUUCCCAAGAAAAGAGAGAAAAGAAAGUGUGCCAAUACUGCGGUAAAACCUUCCCGUUUCAGUCUGCCCUCAUAAGACACGUGCGCGUCCACACAGGAGAGAAGCCUUACAAAUGUGAUAUAUGUGGCAAAGCCUUCGGUCAGGCCUAUUUCCUCCGCGUCCACGAGCUGACACACUGGUCCGUGAAGCGUUACAACUGCACACGCUGUGAAAAGGCAUUCACUCAUUACAGCAAUGCAAAGAAUCACACCUGUCGACCUUCCGGAAGCGGUGGCGGUUUACAGCCCAACAGACGUGCGAAGCCUGCCCUAACAUACACGUGCCACAUCUGCAAGAAUGUUUUUGACCAUCUGCAGGAGUUCAACAGCCACAUGAGGGCCCACACCGGUGCAAAACUUUAUCGCUGCUUGUAUUGCGACAAGCUGUUUGGUGUGCUGUCUGAGUUCAGUGCCCAUCGCAGUCAGUGCCGAGGAGAGAGAAACGCGCCCAGCUCUGCGGUAAAAGAGGAAGAGACGAUGUCAUUAAUACAGUACACUGUGCCGGCACUUCGGUGUUCGUCGGGACACAAUGCGGCGGCGUCUCUCGCGGGUGCAAAUUGUGAAACGCAGAAAAUGACAUCGCAGACCAGUCCCAAGAAACACUUUGCUAACUUAAAGAAACCGUUUCAGUCAACGGGCAUGCCGCCUCACCAUCUCUCACACCUCGUGUCAAAGUUAAACAAACUAGACAACCGCUCGGACCCCAACAAAUAUUUAUGUCCCAGCUGCGGGCGACUGUUCAGGCACAUGGGCAGACUGCGAGCGCACAUGCUCACCCACGCCUCGGGUCAGAGUUACACAUGCUCCUGUUGCGGCAAGAUUCUGGAAAACUGGAAGAAACUGUGGCAUCAUCAGAGGAUCCAUCGGCAGAGACGCGGACGCUUCACUUGUCCUCAGUGCGGGCGAGGUUUUCGGUUUGUGCAUUCGUAUAAAAAACACAUGAGCGAGCACCCAGAGUUCCAGUGGAUUCAUGAAAGGCCCAAGAAAGUGUUUCUGCCUUAUCAAUGUGAGCAGUGCAGGUGCAGCUUUCACACUCUAGAUUUGCUGUUCAGUCACCAGCGUUGCCAUUCCUCAACACACAAGGACUCUGAUUUUGAUUUAUCCAUGGACGAUCAUACGCAGUCCAACAAGAAAAUGUUUUUCCCUCCCGCAAAUAACCACGUGGCUACAUUACAUCCAGAUCCUGAGGGAAAAAAAUGUAUUCUGGGCCACUUUUCCAAAUGUCCAGACCAAGCAACGCAAGAGUCUCCUCUCGCUCCCAUGAUUCCCUUCGUAAGUAAGGGUCCUGAUUUGGGUCAAACUCCUCAGGGUCCCAGCAGUGCACAUUCGAUCCAAGACAGAGAGACCAGUCGUGACGGAGUAGAUGUAGAUGCACUUGGAAAACCAAUUAAUCCGUUGAGAACUGUGAAAAGACACUUUGCCAGCAUAUCAAAUGUGGCGUCUGCAGAUGGUGUGAAGUGUGCUGUGUGUGGUGAUGCAUAUCUUGUCAUUUCAGACCUCUAUCACCAUUAUUUGCAGCAUGCUAGAGGCCAGUUGUAAUGACCUGAAUGAGGACACGUGCCCCUUCUGUGCUAACACAGAGGAUCCCGUAGUCCGGAAAAAAAAAUUAAAACUGUACAAACAUUGUCAGUUUACGGGAAAUGAAAUGCAUUAAAAAAAAAAAAAUAUGUGGAAGAUUGGUUUACAAUCAUGUAUUCAACCUGUCAUGCCUGAGAAAGAUUCUGAAAUAUACACAUGUGAAUGUACAAAAUAGGGACCCGUUCUGUUUUUAUGUAGCUCAUCAAGCAACUUUAGGUUGAAACCACUAGCUUGAUGUUAGUUUCUGUAAUUACAUUUCUGUUCAUCAAAAAAACAAAACAAGAUGCAGAAUGUGUCAAAAAGAUGCUCCAAAGUAGUGUGUACAUUUUAGUGCAUCAAUGCCAGGUAGAAUCAACCCUGGGAUAAUAUCAUCAGCUUCAACAGAAUAAGCAUUUGAAAACAGAAACUGGAAAUGGCUGAUUAUGGAAAACAAGUUUGAUGAAAACAUGAAAUAACCACUGAAACAUUUUGAACCCUCAUUCAUUUGUUUAACUGGGAAAAGCCCGCUGCACUGAUCAGAGGGGCUGACGUCACACUGAGUUGACGUGCAGACCUGACAAAGAACUCGUUUCCUCUUAGUUGUAACGCGCACCGUGGAGCUGCAUAGUUUUACAGAUUUCAAACAGCUGUUGAUUCGCUUUAUGACCAAUGUGAAUCUAAUUUCCAAUGUGUGCAUCUCAAAUCAUGCAGGCCUUGUCUUCCACACGUGAACUGUUAUUCAUGACGUUUCAGAGGAAGUGAUGUGUACUGAUUUCAAAUUUGUUUCGUUCUGGUCUCCAACAAGGACAUGUAUCAGCAUUUUGAAUUUACUUUUAAGUAAAUAUCGGCUUUACU